CAGCGGGCGUCCCUCCGCUCCGCGAGUUCCCGGCCGUCGCUCUAGCGCGCCCGGAUCUGGCCCCCUGCCCUGCGAAGAUGGCUGCCGUACGCCGGGCCCGCAGUUACUGCCGCUGCCUGGUGCGCUUCUCCGACCGAGAACUCUGCUAAGCCCUGUUGAAGCGGACGGACAGGAGUAGACACCCGGACACCCAGCACACCUCCUCGAGGGAGCGGUGCAGAGGGGGUGCGGAGAGCCCCUCGACGGCGGCCGGCCGCCUCGCCAGCAUGAGAGACCGAGCACUAGUGAGAGAAGGGCAGAGUAAGAGAGGGACACAGAAUCUGAAGCAGACUCCAGGCUCUGAGGUGUCAGCACAGAGCCUGAUAUGGGGCUCGAACUCAUGGACUGUGAGAUCAUGACCUGAGCCAAAGUCGGACACCCAACCGAGCCACCCAGGUGCCCCGAUUUAUGGCAGAAGCUGAGGAAGAUUGUCAUUCUGAUACUGUCAGAGCAGGAGAUGAUGAAAAUGAAAGCCCUGCUGAAACAGAUCUGCAGGCACAACUCCAGAUGUUUCGAGCUCAGUGGAUGUUUGAACUUGCUCCAGGUGUAGGCUCUAGCAAUUUAGAAACUCGGCCUUGUAGAGCAGCAGCAAAAGGCUCUUUACUGAAAGCAGACACCAAAGGAAAGCAAGAACUGGCAAAGGAAGAAAAGGCUCGAGAACUCUUCCUAAAAGCGGUAGAAGAAGAACAGAAUGGAGCUCUCUAUGAAGCCAUCAAGUUUUAUCGUAGGGCUAUGCAACUUGUACCUGAUAUAGAGUUCAAGAUUACUUAUACCCGGUCUCCAGAUGGUGAUGGCGUUGGAAACAGCUACAUGGAAGAUAAUGAUGACAGCAAGAUGGCAGACCUCUUGUCCUGCUUCCAGCAGCAGCUCACGUUUCAGGAGUCUGUGCUCAAACUGUGCCAGCCUGAGCUGGAGAGCAAUCAGACUCACAUAUCAGUGCUGCCAAUGGAGGUCCUGAUGUACAUCUUCCGAUGGGUGGUGUCUAGUGACUUGGAUCUCAGAUCGUUAGAGCAGUUGUCACAGGUGUGCAGAGGAUUCUAUAUCUGUGCCAGAGACCCUGAAAUAUGGCGUUUGGCCUGCUUGAAAGUUUGGGGCAGAAGCUGUGUUAAACUUGUUCCAUACACAUCCUGGAGAGAGAUGUUUUUAGAAAGGCCCCGUGUCCGGUUUGAUGGAGUGUAUAUCAGUAAAACGACAUAUAUUCGUCAAGGGGAACAGUCUCUUGAUGGUUUCUAUAGAGCCUGGCACCAAGUGGAAUAUUACAGGUACAUAAGGUUCUUCCCUGAUGGCCACAUGAUGAUGUUGACAACCCCUGAGGAGCCUCAGUCCAUUGUUCCUCGUUUAAGAACUAGGAAUACCAGAACUGAUGCAAUUCUACUGGGUCAUUACCGCUUGUCACAAGAUACAGACAAUCAGACCAAAGUAUUUGCUGUGAUUACUAAGAAAAAAGAAGAAAAACCACUUGACUAUAAAUACAGAUACUUCCGUCGUGUCCCCGUACCAGAAGCAGAUCAGAGUUUUCAUGUGGGGCUACAGCUGUGUUCCAGUGGCCACCAGAGGUUCAACAAACUCAUCUGGAUACAUCAUUCUUGUCAUGUUACAUACAAAUCAACUGGUGAGACUGCAGUCACUGCUUUUGAGAUUGACAAGAUGUACACCCCCUUGUUCUUCGCCAGAGUGAGGAGCUACACUGCUUUCUCGGAGAGGCCUCUCUAGGGCCUCCCGUCCAGUCCUCUGUCACUGUUGCAUGAAUCAAAGUAUAUAGAGCAAAAGAGCACCUAAGUUAUAAAUGUACAUAUAUAUAUAUGGAAUUGGAACUUAUUUUACAUUGUUAGAGUUCUUUUAAGAAGAGUAUAAAUUGAUUAUUUUUUUUAUUUAAAGGGAUAGUUGAUACCUGGGGUAUUUUGUUUUGAAAUUAAGAAGUUGAGAUUACAAGUUGUUUAAGCACAUUUAUGUUGUGACAACCUUAAAAUGAGCUUUAAAUCCUAUUCUUCUUCAAGAGGAUUUCUGAGCAGAGCUCUGUCACAUAAUUCUCUUUCUGCCUGAUCAUCCCAAUAUUAAUUGCAUCAGGGAAGGGCUCCACUGGACCAGCAUUUCUUUCACGCAUGACAUAGUCUCUCUGCACUAAAGGCUCAAAAUGUGAAAACUUGUUCUGGAUUUGUUUGAAACUGUUUGACCAAUAAACAUAAUAAACAUUUCUUUCAAGAAAAUGUA